AUGGUAAUGGAGAUUGUAAUUUCUUUGAUAAUCUUAUUUGUUGGGAUUGGUAUUUUGGUGUCUAUUCAUUUCUGCAUAGUUGGGAGAGCAUUCAGAAGAGAUAGUAAUAGUGGUGGAGACAUUCAAGGGCAGAGUAGUAGUACUAGGAGCACUUCAAAAGGAAUGUUUGGUGGUGACUUGAAGAACCUUCCUUGUUUUGAUUAUGUGGAACCAAUAGAGAAAGGAUACAACAACCUUGUGGAUUGUGCUGUUUGUUUGGAGAGUUUUAAGGUUGGUGAUGCUUGUAGAUUGUUGCCUAAAUGCAGACACAGUUUUCAUGUUCAGUGUAUAGAUUUGUGGAUUAUGAAGACACCCUUUUGUCCAAUUUGUAGAACAUGGGUUUAUUCAAGAGUAAUUAUGAGGGAAGAAAGUGUUGCUUCUGGUUCUGAUAUUGUAGAAAUUGAAAUGCCAUAA